AUGGAAUUCUUCCAAAAUGCCAAAGUUGUGCGCCUAAAGAGCUACCAUGACAAGUACUUAAUGGCAAACGGUGAUGGAGAAACCAUUUAUCAAGACCUCCAAGGAUGUUAUGACAAUGCCAAAUGGACGGUGGAGAUUUUGAAUCAUGAUGAUAACAACUUGAUCCGAUUGAAGAGUUUUUUUGGGAAUUACUUAACAGCCACCAACAUCCCAUUCCUAUUAGGAUCCGCGGGCAAGAAAGUCAUGCAACAACCACUUUCUUCAAAUUUGUUGAAUUCUUCAUCGUUUGAAUGGGAACCCAUAAGAGAUGGGAUGCUGGUGAAACUCAAGACACGUGACGGCGGCGGAUUCUUGCGAGCCAACGAUUUCCGGCUACGGCCGUGGAAGAACUCCGUCACACACGACAACCCUCAUAGAACUGCAACAGCAAAUUGGAUUCUUUGGGACGUGGAGAUUGUGGAGUCAAGAGAACAAGAAUCCGAUGAUAAACCAAUUGAGGUUCGCUUCCUACUUACAUAA